GUAAUGAUCGAUUCAAUUUUUACUGAUACUGAUGAAAGUACAGGUGUGAUUAUCAUGCAUAAAGGUUGAGCAUAUAAAGAUUAUCGAAGGGAAUGGGGUCUAUAGUGUAAUGAAACAAGGUUAUGCUAGCCGCUGUUUCAAGAUAAAGACUCAAAACUCAAAUUAGUUCUACAAGAAGUGAAAGGAAGUGUGCCAUUUAAAGGUCCAGCUUCAAGAGUAAUCCAUCAAUUAAUUGGCGGGUUGCAAGAUGCAAUGGGGUAUACCGGUAAUAGAAAUAUAGAAGAGAUGAAAAAAUGUACAGGUUUAUGACUGCAUCAGGAUUGAGAGCUAUCCCGUGAUAUAAUGAUCACACAGGAAGUUACAAAUUAUGCUUAUCAAGUGUUUAAUUUGUCAAUUGAUUCAGAC